AGCGCCCCUUAUAACUUUGUAAGUAAACAACCCAAACCCUCCUUUAUAAAAGGGUGCUAACGCGUGAGUGUGCGUGAGUACUCACGCGUUAUUUUUAGUUAACCAGUGUUAACACCGUUAGAGCCACGCAAGACCCGCUUGUGCAACUGCGUGAUAACAGAUGCUUGUUACCGAGCUCCUUAGCCCGUGUUUAUCAUUCGAAAUGCUCACAAUGGUCAUAGCUUUUCUCACUUCGUGGCUCUAAUCUGUUUGUUUUUUUGCGAGCACCGUUUCUUUCUACAAUAUGGAGGUUGCACCAGAACUUGUAAGCAAGCUCAACUAUGGGACUUCGAACCAGCUCGAAGCCGUUGCUAAACGGGUCAAGGCAAGCAAAGAAAUCGGAGUGAACAUAGUUCGGGAGCACCCCUACUACAGCAGACUGCCAAACUGCAGGAUGGAAGAAAAGAUAAAAGAGGUGGAAAGCAAACUAACUAACCAAAAAUACGCUGCUCUUCACUCUUCCAUGUUAAAGUCUAAAGAUUGUUUGAAGGACUGUAUCAAACGAACUGAUGAGAGUGACGCAAGUCUGCAAGAUGCUAACCAUGUUUACAACGAACUCCUGCCCAUACUCAACAAUAUCUGCAAAGUUUACAGCAAUCCGUUGAUACUGUCAGACCGAUGUGCUCAACUGAUCAAGAAAUUUCACGAAUGCUGGGACUCUCGACAUAAUCAUUUAAAAAACUUCGAAAUGAUCGACGCUGAGGCAAUGCUGGCAGAAGGAAUCAAAUAUUUAGAGUCGGCAGUAAAAGCUGGAUCGGACGAAGCUGAACUAGCAGUAUCGGAAGUCAUCACCGAGGACACAAAGAAAUAUCUCAAAAACUUCGAAGACAAAGUAGCUCAAGUAGAUAAAUUCUCGCAAGACAGCAUCAAGGAUUAUGGCAACCAUGACUUGAAAUUGAAGGAAGACCUCAAAACUUUAGAUGCUGUUCUGAACGCUGAGAAGGCAGCACACGAAAACUCAACGAGCAAACACCAGAACAACUCAUCGACACUCCGGGAGAAGAUAAAAACCAACCACGAGAAACAGGAAGAGUUAAGGAGACAGUUGAAGAUUUUAGAAGACGAAGAAAGAUCAUUGUUGGAUGAGAACGAUAAGGAGAACGAGUCGCACAAAAACAACACAAAGAACUACCACACUAAACGAGACGGCCUCCUCAUGACCAAAAGUAACUUUAUGAGACUGAAGAACGCUUCUGAGGGCUGCAAUGACAUCAUGGGAAAAAUACAAGCGGCGAGCAACGAUUUAUCUCAAUGCUGUAUCAAGACAAAGAAGAACACAAAUCAACUGAUGAUGGAGACACAUAGAGCUGCCUUUGAAAGAUACAGAGAUGCUCUGGUUAUGCUCAUCGUUACUUACAGAGUGCAGAUAAGGGAUAGCAAAAUGAACAUCGACUACCUUCAAGAACAGCUGGAUAAGCUGAAGAUCGAUCUGGAGAAGGCUGUACAGGGUGCAUUGAAUGUUGUUGUGGAACAAAAGAGGGCAGAGGUGACAAGAUAUCAGCGGGCACUGGUCCAACAAAAGGACAUUAUCAAGGCUUCCCAAGACAGAGUCGAGAAGUUGGAGGACGAUCUUACCAAGUGUGAUAAGGAACUGGACAACAGACACAGCGUAAAACCAGAGGGUGUUAACGAAUUGUACAAAAAGAGAGUAGACACGAUCGAAACACGGUGGAAGAGCGACGGAAUAGGUAAUGAUCACAUUCAGAAGCUCAGUCUGCUUCCUGAUCCAGAACUGAGAGGCGACACUAUAAGAAGUCUGGAACCAGUUAAAACGAGUUGAUUCCCUAGAUCACGUGAUAUCUGAGACCACGUGACAGUAGUGAUAACCUGAUUAACUAGAAUUGAGGAACUAUUGAUCUUUCCUAGAUAAACACACGCUAGUUAUGAAAUCAUAAUUCGGUCUAUCUUUGCUGCUACGGCCUUUUCAUGAUACGUUUUUUUAGGAGAAAGUAAAUUUAUUUUAAUCUAAAGAUUUCGUCAAGUUAUUAUUAAUAAAUUGUUCAUGUUUAACUGUGUUAAUGCUUGAAAUAACUAACAAGUUGAA